AUGACCCUCCUGCGCCCCGACAUCCGGCGGCGACACACGCACGCACCCGGCCGCCCCUCCCCUCUCCGCGAAAGCUUCGACGCCGACGACCUCGUCCCGGAAGAGGUCCGCAUCACUCUCAAGUUCAAGGUCCCUCCUCUCCCUUCCCUUCCUCCGCUCCCUCCGCCCAGUCCGCAACCCAAUGCCUCCCCCUCCAAGUCCACGUCCACGUCCACGCCCACACCCUCCCCGCCCUCCUCCCCGCGCUCCGACCAGCACGCCCCUUCGCCGGACGCAUCGCACAGAGCCCCGCCGCAACCCCAGGUGUUCACUUACACGCCGUAUCGGCCGGAGAAGGCCACGCGCCCGCAGCCCGUACCGGCGCUACCGGCGCCCCCGCCCAGAUCCCCCACAUCACCCAGACAUGCACCAUCACCACAUGGCUCCGCAGCGAGUUCAACGACGAAUGCAGCACGCGCACAGCACCAGCACCUGUCAGCGCGUCUACGGCGAUUGGAAGCGCGGCGCGCCGAGCUGCGCGCGGCUAUUGCGGAGAUGGAGGUGCGGGACGAGGAGCGGCUAAAAGCGUGGACAGAGGACGACCUCGCGUGGGAUCGGCGGGCGCUGGCCGCGCUCGAGGACGAGAUCCGCCGUCUACAGGGGUUCAUUGACGAGCUCUUGCGCGGGGAAUCAUGUUCGCGCACGCGCGAUCUCGGGCAUCUGACGAAGCGGCGGCGGCCCGACGGAGGCGGGGGCAAGGUGUCGCGCGCGAGGAUCGAGAACACCCUCUAG